CCGAGUCAGCUGGCCAAUGUUUACAUCCAGCUCUGCUCGCCGCGAACGUUUAUGGGAAGAAACCGAGAGAUUGAAACAACAGAAGACAGUUAACCGGAUGGCCAGUAUCAACAGACCAUAACCAGGGUGUUUCAGGGUGUCAGACGAUUCAGUUCGGUCGACCGUGAAGUCGUCGGGGUGUUUCCCGUGACGAGUUUCUCACCAAAACACCUCCAUCCCGAUUUUUCCUGUCUUUGUCUUCAUUUGCGUCUACUUUUUGCAGAGCUAAAAUGGGAGGUGCGGUCAGUGCCGGGGAGGACAAUGACGAGUUGAUUGACAACCUGAAGGAGGCCCAGUACAUUCGCUCUGAUCUGGUUGAACAUGCCUUCAGGGCCAUUGAUCGUGCUGACUACUAUCUGGAAGAAUUCCGUGACAGUGCCUACAAGGAUCUGGCCUGGAGACAUGGCAACAUCCACCUCUCUGCACCCUGCAUUUACUCUGAGGUGAUGGAGGCUCUAGACCUGCAGCCUGGCUUGUCCUUUCUUAACCUGGGCAGUGGCACAGGCUACCUCAGCACCAUGGUGGGACUUAUACUAGGGCCAUUUGGUGUAAAUCAUGGUGUGGAAUUGCAUGAAGAUGUUAUAGAAUAUGCUUAUCAGAAGCUGGACUUCUUCAUCAAGACAAAUUAUAGUUUUGACAGGUUUGAGUUCUGUGAGCCUUCAUUUGUGGUGGGCAACUGUCUGGAGAUUGCCCCAGAAAGCAGGCAGUAUGACAGGGUUUACUGUGGCGCAGGGGUCCAGAGGGAACACGAAGAAUACAUGAAGAAGCUGUUGAAGGUCGGGGGUAUCUUAGUACUGCCACUGGAAGAAAAGCUCACUAAAAUCACUCGGACAGGAUAUAACACAUGGGAGACGAGAAAGAUAAUUGCUGUGUCCUUUGCACCACUUGUGCUCCCUAAGCACAGGGAAAAUGGCAAACCGAGAGCAGUGUCCCUACCUGCCAUGUUCGAGGUGCGGAGUCUUCAGGAUUUGGCCCGCAUCAGCAUCCGUCACAUUCUAAAGAAAUCCGGGUCUGGAUCCUUGCCGCUACCCCAGAGAACUGGACUGAAGCUAAGAAAUCACCUUAAACAGAAACGAGAGCACCGUGACACCCCUCUUCUGACCAAUAGUUAUUUGUUCAUGAGUCGCUUGAUUCCCGGACCCAUGGACAACAACAACAACCAGUCAUCCACAGACAAUGAGGAUGAAGAUGAAGACUGCAGAAGGGUUUGUGAACAACUAGAGGAGAAAGAAGAGAAUGAGAGGAGGAAUGAGUGCAGUGUUUUGGUGAUAGAGACUCCAGUAAACCUCUUAAGGGAGAGGAUCCUUAGCCUGCCUUUGCCAGAACCUCUCAAGAUGUAUCUUCUUUACUAUAGAGAGAAAUAGACUUCUCCUUCUAUUCUAAACUACUCAGAUCUACCUAGCACUGUCACAUCAAGAAUCUAUGGCUGUUUAAUCACCCACUUUUGCAUUAUCCUGUUAACCUUUCUCAUAGAAUUGCAACACUCUUUGUUCUGCCAAGUCUCGUUUGUCUUAAUGCUCAAUCUGGGUUCAAGGUCUAGAAUGCUAACAGUUAACCAUGGAGUCAAAAAACAGUGAAAACUGAUUUAUUAAUCUAAGUUUCAUGUUAUUUGUGCAGUGACGUUUUCAAACGGACAUUCUCACUUGUUUUGUGUGUUAUAUAACAUCUAGUUUCAGCUCAUAGAUUUACUAAGAAAAGUGAAAAUCUAAAUAUUCUUCUGGUGUAUGGAUUUGUAAAAAAUGUCUAAUUGUGUGCUGAAUGAAUUACACUUAUAUUGUGUGAAAAUACAAUGGCACGUUUAAAAAUGUGAUCGUCUAACAUAAUCCGUGUUGUACAAUUUCAGGGAUUUCAAGAUGAAAGACUGAUUAUCUGAGGGGUUUUGCCAAUUUGAAAUAGUCUUGGGAUUGUACAGUUUUCAGGGCCUUUGCAUUUGCUUUAUGCUAUAUAGAAGUAUAAAAGGUGUAGUCUACAGUUGUGUAACAAGUUUAAAAUUGUGCUCUGAAUUGUGGUCAUGCUCUGAUGUGCACUUUGUCCAGUGAUGUAGAAUGCCCUAAUUGAAAAA